GCAGCCCCGUCACACCCCGCGGGGCUGCACACGGGUGGGAUCACCCGGGAAUGGUCCUUCUUCUCCCGGCGCCGCUCCUGCCUCCCCUGUCCACGUCCCGUCCCCUUCUCUCCAUCCCCCUUUAUGAAAUAUGCAGGGGGAACAGAUGUCGCCUUCUCCCGGAGCACCCGCACCCUCCUCCCUCCCUCCUUCCCUCCCUCCCUCCCAGCCCAGCCCACCCCACCACCCCAUCCACCCUCCCGGACCGCAUCCAACCUCCACCUCCCUCGUGUCCCGGGGGGCUCCCACGUCCCGCACAGCCAAUGACAGCCCCACUCCCGUCUUUAAUAUUGAUGAGGGGGGAGCGGCCGAGCGGCCAAUGAGACACUCGGGGUCGGGCCCGGCGGGCGAGGCCGGGCUGGAUAAAUAGGGGUUUGGGGAACAUGCCCCCCUUGGAGGCUCCAAAGCCACAUUCCUGCCCGAGCAGGGCCAUGCCUGGGCCCCGAGGCUGCCGGGAUUCUCCUUGAUUCCUCCCCAGCCCAAAUCCAUCCCACGGAGCAGGGGAGAGACCCAGGGAAACUUUCUCCCUCCUCGAUGGAUGGAUGAGCCAAGGGGUUCCUCCCUCCUUGGAUUACUUGAGCUUCGUCCUGUGGGAAGAGGAGAGCUGGACCUCGGGAAUGAUCGUUGGAUUGGGGAGCACCCGGGAGGAGUUCGGCUCUGACACCUGAGGGCUCGCAGCCCGCGGCGAGGAGGACACGCAGCGAUUUAUCUGCUUUUUAUGCAUCCCCCCGUCCUCCCCGCGCCGCUUGUUGCCAAAGUUGCCGCCCGGGGGAAAAUGCCCAAAUCCCCCUGCGGACGCGGUGUGUGAUGAUGAUGACGAGGAGGAGGAGAUUCCCCGGAGGGUCGCUGUGAGCCGCAGACCCCCCUUGGAGCCGUGACUCGCCCCGUUCCCCGCCACGUCCGCCCCUCCACUCGCGGAGAUGAUGCUCAACUCGGAGCAGACGGAGCUCGACCUUCCCCCGCCGCGCUCCGAGGCCGAAUCCGCCUUCAGCGGCUGCGGGGGCAGCGCCGAGGACGCCGGAGGGGUCGGGCUGUGCCCCCCGGCCCGGGCGGUGGAGCCGGGAGAGCCCGUGAAGAAGGAGCUGCAGCACCUGAGCCGCGAGGAGCGGCGGCGCCGGCGCCGCGCCACGGCCAAGUACCGGACAGCCCACGCCACGCGCGAGAGGAUCCGCGUGGAGGCUUUUAACAUGGCCUUCGCCGAGCUGAGGAAGCUGCUGCCCACGCUGCCCCCCGACAAGAAGCUCUCCAAGAUCGAGAUCCUGCGCUUGGCCAUCUGCUACAUCUCCUACCUGAACCACGUGCUGGACGUCUGAGCGGCCCCGGCUCGCGUCUGUCUGUCUGUCUGUCUGUCCGUCCGUCCACGUGUCACAUCUGCGACAUCUGCAGCUGAAACACGUGCUGGGUGUCUGAGCCGCCCGGCUCGUGUCCAUCUGUCCUGCCUGAACUUGUGCUGGGCUUCUGAGCCAAGAGCUCGAGUCCCUCUGUCCCUCCGCGACCUGACCCCCAUGCCAGGCACCCAGAAGGCUGCGCUGUGUCCAUCUGUCUGUCCACACCCCAUAUCCAUCUGUCUUCCCGUCCUGCCCGAGCCCAGCUGGAUGUUUGGCCCCUCAGAUGUCCGUCUGUCCUGCUGGAUCCGCUGCCUGGCCGUGUGUCCCCCCAACCUCUGCCCAUCCUGCUGAUGCUGAUCCCACGUCCUGCUCUGCCCUGGCAUCGUGUGGGCACCCAGAGCUCCCCACCAGGACCGUCCUCUCUGCUGGGGGAGCACAGCCCGAGGCACUCCCGGGGCUCCUUCCCUGCCUGUCCCGGCUCUCCCCACCCUAAAAAGAUUCCCCCCACUCCAAAACGGAAGGGAUGGACCUGGCCACGCUUUCCGUGGAUUCCAGCGGCUGGGAGAUGGAGCAGAGAGGCUGGAGCAGCACUGGGAGGUGGGGGGGUCUCCAAGGUAUCCCCCUCUUGUGCCAGGCUGGAGGGGACACCCAGGGGUCAUUCCGAGCCCCUCAGUGGCACAUCCCCAAAAUUCAUCGUUCCACUCCCCAGAUCCCCAAGUCCCCCUCACCCAGCGAGUGUGAACCCCCCCAACCCGACAGAUGUGACCCCCAAGGCACCCAGAGCCCCCCA